ACCUACUGCACCUUACUGCACAUACAGUACUUGUGGGAGACGUCCCGUCCGAAUUGGGCUGCAGCGGCUGUCAUUGGAGUGGAACGCAUGGAGGGUGCCGCGCACUGCAGUCGGUGUCUGUCUUUCAAUUUCUCAGUCAAUUAGAAAAAGCUUUACUAUUAGCUUUGGUUCUCCAUGUUGUGCACAGCGAAUUAGAACCUAAAUGCAAGCAGAUGCGGGGCCCCCAGGUUCCUCGUCAUGCACCUACACAAUAGCAACUGGCUUCGUAACCUCUCUUGCUCCUUCCUCCCAGAUCAGGGUUCCAUCUCAAACCCCCAAAGUCGGUCAGCAGAAGCAAGGUGACGCCCCGAGUCUAGAAUUACAAAGCACCCACCUCUAUAACCAAUCUCGCAAGCUCCCCGGCGACACAUGGCAAACGUCACCGGCCAUGGAGCUAUACGCAGCCGGCUUCAACGCCUGGAACCAAUUGCGCUUCCCCCCUCAGAGCCACGCCGGUCAACAAGAAAAAGAAAAAGAAGAAGUGGACGACGAGCCUGACGACUUGUCUUCCUUCACUUGCGUACUGCGCGACAAGGACGGGAUCGACGACGUCGAGCCCUUUCUCUCCUACACGCUCGGUGAGUGAGUCAUGCUGGUGUAUUCUCAGUGUAACAACCACACCUCAACAACUGCCUCGGUCGGCACACUAUCGCUGCACGCAGGGGUGGUCGCGGCUCUGCUCCAUCUGCCUUGCUCUGUCACUUCUACUGCCUUGCUUUG